GAUUACGGCCAAUCGGCGAGUAGUGGGAGUACUGAAUUCGCCUUCCCGCCGAAAGCAGCCCUUUAUUAGGGCUUGUUUGCUGCGUGCUCUGCAGCCAUUUUGUGAACCUGCAGAGAGGUGUGAGGAGGUGCAGAGCUAGCAAUUUGGUUGUUUGCUGUGGAUAUCGUUUGGACACCCCAGCAGGCUUUAUUCCAGGACAGUCAGGAGGAUUCCUGUUACCCGGAGGAGAGCCAUUUUAGGAGCUUUUACUACAUUUGUAGAGAUGUCAAAGGACAAGCAGACCCGAUCCGCCCCUUCCCCCACCCCCUCGGAUCUAUCCCUUCACAGCAACGAGGAGUGGGAGCCAACCCAGGAGGCGGAUACGACCGACCAGGCAUGUAGUGACCAGCCGCGGUCGUCAAGGGCCCAUGAGAAGUCCAAGAAAAAGCCUAGUAGAAAGGCAAGAAGCCAGCCAGAGGAGCAGUCGGAGGAGGAAGCCUCUGGUGAAGAUGCAGGACAGAAAAAGGUGCGUGGACCCAGAUAUACUGAGGCGGAAAACUGUACCUUAGUGGAUUGCGUCGACAGGUCCUACGACUAUUUGUAUGGAUCAAAGGCACAGACAACAUCAGCUAGGGCUAAGCGAAUCAUCUGGGAAUCCAUUGCCAAUCAAGUCACUGCAAUAUCUGGAAACCGCCGGAGCACCAGAAAUUGCUUGAAGCGGUACAGUGAUUGCCGCAGACAGACCAAGAAGAAGAUGGGGAUUCAGCGCCGACAUGAGACAGCUACGGGAGGUGGCCCGGCUCUCAAUCUGAAGUGGCUACCCUGGGAGAACGUUAUUAGAAGGCGCAUGAACCCUGCCAUGGUCGAAGGAGUUCGCGGAGGUGUGGACUCCAGCCGUCCUGCUGGCUUUCCCCAGGAGGAAGAACCGCCCAGAAGACGGAAGAAGGCGGGAGACCAGCCGUCCAAAAGGAGGUCUGAUGACAGGCCUGCCCAGAGGACAUCACCUGCGCACAGGACAUCGCCAGCGCACGGACCGUCACCUGUGCAGCAGGCAUCGGCAGCAGCGCGCGGACCAUCACCUGCGCCGCAAGCAUCGCGAGCACACAGAUCGUCACCUGUGCGCCACAGUUCGUCAUCGCGCAGUUUGUCACCUGUGCACCAGACGACGUCAGCGCGCAGACUAUCACCUGUGCGCCAGACACCGUCGGCGACCACACCACAAGAUGGGCGCCAAACUACAGCUCCUGCGCACAGGCCAUCACCAGAUCGUCGUCUCUCCAGGAGCUCUGGGACUGUGACUGAAGAGCCUCAAGACACAACCCUUGUGGACCCAUCACUCGAUCUGUUUGAGUCUACAGGGUUAACAGACGAAACUUUUCUUGGGUUUGAGGACAGCCGUGCAGACGUAUCCAGCCAGACCCUUGAAAAGUCUUCCGAAACGAGGACAAGUGGAGCUCCUGGGCAGCGGCAUCACAGCAUGGAGAAGGUUUGUAUUUAUUUUGUGUGUGUGGGAGGGGGGGGGCAGCAGUUGUGUAAAGUUUAUUAA